AUAUUUUAGUAAAAUAUACCAAACAUAUAAUAACUCGAAUGACAAUCUCUGUUUAUUUCGUUUGUAUUAGAUGACAAAACUAUUUAUUUCUAUUGAAUAGAUAUAGCUGUCUCUUUACAAAUUUUAAUCGUGACGGGUUAGGGUAGAAGUCAUCAUGGCCAUAUAUUACAGUUUUGAGAAAUUUUCCGAUUCUUUCUCGGAUAUGUGGCAUCAAAUAUGGAUGUGGUGUUUUUUAUCAAAUCUUAUAACUCAUACAAUAGCCACGAUAAUAGCCUUCGUCAGAUUAAGAAGACAUAAAAUUGGUAGAUUUGUUCCUGCUUUAAUAUUUGCUGCUGGUGUUCUAUUUUCAAUAACUGGCGGUGUUAUUACCAGUGCCGUAAUUGCCUUUGUAUAUAACGCUUCAACCUUUACGUUAAAUGGAUACCAUGCCAUGCUAUUUGGAGUUGGGCAAACAGCUACCUCAUUAUUUAUAUCGUUCACAAGAUUCUUGGCGACACUCUAG